AUGGACAGCGGGACUGCCUUGCAGUGCAAAGACCGUGCCUGCAGCCCCCCAAUGGGCAACCUGGCGACUGGCAGAAGGCUCCAGACCCUGAGCAGUGGUGGACCUUCUCCUCUCUGCUCUGCUCCGAGCGUCCCAUGCGCAGUUUCCCACCCCCCUAGCCACAUGGCGGAUGACCCCUUCCUGCACCCUGGCACCUGGUGGGCGUCUGAGGCAGGCGUGAGAGAGGAGGAGAUCCGUCUGGACCUAGAGGCCCGGUUCUGCCUGACCCACCUUAUCAUGCUUUUCCGCUCUCCCCGCCCAGCAGUGAUGAUACUGGAGCGAUCCCGUGACUUUGCCCAAACCUGGGGGCCCCUCAAACUCUUUGCGAGCAACUGCAGCCAGACCUUCGGUCUGCCUGAUGAUGUGAGCCAGCCUGGUGCGCCCUGCACCUCCCGCUACUCCCGCGCCACGCCCUGCAGUGAGGGAGAGGUGAUCUUUCGGGCCCUGGGCCCUGGUACUGGAGUGGGUGACCCCUACAGUCGAGAGGCUGUGGACCUGCUGAGCCUCACCAACCUGCGCCUCCGCCUGCUAGAGCCCCAGUCCUGCCCCUCCCCUCCAGCCACAGAGCACUCCAGUCCCUCCACAACCCCUCUGAACUCCUCCAGACCCUUACCCACACGCCAAAUGGCACCGUUCGCCAUCUACUCCCUGCUAGCAGGAGGGACCUGCCUUUGUCAUGGCCAUGCUGAGCGAUGUCUUCCGCUUUCAGGGCCCCUAGACGCGCUGCACCACGGUGACAUGGUGCAAGCCCGGUGCAUGUGUCUGCAUCACACAGCAGGUGAGCACUGUGAGGAAUGUGCCCCACUCUUCAACGACUGGCCCUGGCGCCCUGCCAACGGCAGCAGUGGGGAGCCCCAUGUCUGCCAGAAGUGCGAGUGUCACAGCCAUGCAGACACCUGUCACUUCUCCCUGCGAGUGUGGCAGUCCUCAGGAGGGUCCAGCGGGGGAAUCUGUGACAACUGCCGUCACAACACAGAGGGCCGCAGAUGCCAGCGCUGUCGCCCAGGCUACCAUCGCCACCCUGCCCAACCCCUGACCUCUCCCCACGCCUGCACACGAUGCCUGUGUGACCCGGUGGGCACAGUGCCAGCCAGGGAAAGGGGCAGGGGUAAGGCUCUGUGGUGCCACCCCCGUAGUGGACAUUGCCAUUGCAGGACAGGAGUCGGCGGUACGAGGUGUGACCACUGCCUCGAUGGACACUGGGGUUUUGGGGACGAGGGGUGUAAGCCAUGCGUGUGCCCUCAAAACUGUAACUCCUUUACAGGGCAGUGUCAGGACAGUCAUCCCCGUGAGGUCGUAUACCACAUUCCUAUUGGAGGCAAGAUCACGGACAUCACACACACCCCGGCCAAUGGGAACGAGGGGGCAUGGUCAGAGGAGAUUGCCAUGUCUGCUCUUCAUCAUGUGGGGAAAUGCACCUGUAAGGAGAAGAAAUUCAGAAGCCUCACUGAACUCUGCAGGAUGAAGCACACCUACGUGAUUAGGGCCACUGUGCUGUCAGCCCAUGACAAGGGGAGUCACGCCGAGGUGAGGGUAAAGGUCCGCAAGGUCCUGCGCUCAGGACAGGUGUUACUGACCCAAGGCACCCACACCGUGUAUCCCCUGUCCUGGACCAGCCGUGGGUGCACCUGUCCCAUCCUCAACCCAGGUGUGGACUAUCUGCUGGCUGGGCCAGAGGAGACCAAGUCGGGACGAUUGCUGGUGACCAUGCAGAGUGUGGUGUUGCCAUGGAGACCUUGGCUGGGCGAUCAGGUGACUAAGGGCCUGCGACAAAGCUGCCCCUGACCCUGUCCCGUAUGGACACGCGGGCAGUGCCUCUGACUGACCUGGCCCUGCGGGAGAGCAGAAAAACACUACAGACAAGCCACACUGAGGCCAGACAGAGACAUCCGAACCAGGCGACCCAUGCCCGUAGCCCACGUUCACCACGGCAACAAGUCACAGGGACAAAGGCCAUUUUGGAUAGCCAUCUACCCGAUGAAACUUGAGGCUUCAUAUACAGGAAGGUUCUCAUCAGCCUCAGCUUGUUUAAGUGAAGCAGCUUCAGCCAUGACCUAGGGGAAAUCUGGGACACUGACAAUAAGCACAUUUCUCAUGGGUGCGGUAUUGGGAAAGGACGGUCAGACACCAGCGUGUGAGGCCAGGAGGGCCAAAGGUCUCCUUCUUAAUUUAGCCCACUUCAUGAAUGAGUUGCACCACAGGAGGGAAACUGUAUUUUGUGCCUGGGCUCAUGGGUGCAGGCCACAGAGAAGUAUUACUCCGAGUGAAACUCAUGCUGAAACUAAUUACAUGCUGAUAUUAGGGGCAGGGGUUACUUCACAUUAUGUAAGCAAUACCUUUUACUAUGUCAGCGACAGGAUCUGAGAAUUAACAAUUCAUUAAGGCUUUAGGUGGUGAUUAUUUUGAAAAGGAAUAUACAAUAAAAUGUG